AUGCAAGAGUUGAUCGGCAAGGUCACGUCGAGACUUACCUGGAACCCAUCUGGAUCUCUCGUUUGUGAUGUUUUCAGGCAACCGAAUGUGCUCACCAGGCCGCCUCAUGUUUCAUCUGCUACGAUAUUCGAGAUAUCGCAGUAUAAUUUCAUAAAAGAAACUACUCACAAGGUUUCUGAAAACUCUUCGACAGUCCACGACCAGUCUCGCCCUUCCACUUAG